GCCGCGCCCAUUCUACCGUUGCCGUUUCGCUAUCGGCCCCGACAGUAGACUUUCAUUUCUUCUUCGAAGGAUGUAUUCCUUCUGUGUCUUCCUUCCACUUGCUGCGUAAUGGCUGCCCAGCGCAGUGCAUGUUAAGACGCUUGAUUUACAGUGUCGGGCUGAUUAUUAGCCUAAAAAACGCGGAGGUCGGUAAGGUCAACAACUUUGUUUACGUUACUGCCGAUGGAACGCCUUAUCGCGAUUCGUCGCUGCUGCCAAGGAUCGCCGAAGGAUUAUCCCAGGUAACGCUGCCGAUGUCCAGGCUACUACAGGCUGUCAUCACAUUCACCGUCAUUUGAGCCUCUGAAGCAUGGCUGUGUCAUCAAGGUAUCUCCUCCUGUUCCUGUCGUCGUGUGCACUCGCCAUUUCCUUUGGCGUGGCAGACGAUUUCGACAAAGGGAACCGGUGUGGCUGCUUCAACCGGACAAUGGCCGAAGGCGAAUACCACUGGACUUGCACGGGUGACGGGGAGCUGACGCAGCUCCACGCGUGCUUCGUCCGGGCACCGGAGAGUGCACCCCACGGCCUGACGCUGCGAAAUGUCAGCGCACCCGUACUCACGGUGGGCUCGACCCGGUUUGUGGCCAGGCUGGAGUCCCUGUCGCUGCAUGAGUGUCGUUUCAAGGAGCUCAACCUGGAGGGAGCCAGCAGCCUAACGUCGCUGAACUUGGCAUUCAAUCAGCUGCAGGCUGUCGACAAGACUUGGUUCGCACCACUGGCGAAUCUGAGGCAGCUCAACCUCUCGCACAACUUGCUGACUACCCUGCCGGCAGGCCUGACUGAAAACCUGAAGGCGUUGGACACGUUGGACCUAUCACACAACCAUUUCCCAAAACUCAGCACGCACUGGUUCAGCGAGGGCUCGCCCCUGCAGCACCUGAACGUGUCCGACAACAAGCUGGAGCACGUGGCUGUUUCGAGCACCGAUGCGUCGACACUCUUUGGUGGACAUCUGAUGGCACUCCGCACGCUGGACCUUUCGAGGAACCAGUUGCAUUCAGUGCCAGGGCUGGAGAAGCUGGAAAAACUGAAGUGGUUGUGGCUCAACCAGAACCACCUCACCACUCUUCCGCCACACGCGUUUGCCAACAACGCAGUGCUGGAACACUUCUCCCUCUCCGGUAAUCCAUGGCACUGCGACGACGAAUUUGCUAAGCACCGAAACAACUUGCUGCAUUCGCUCACCGCACGAGUGGCCAAUCACGGACCGGGCAUUGAGCUCCACGACGUCAGCAUCACCGAGUGCGCCUCACCGCCUCAGUGGAAGGGCCGCAACCCAUUCCUGUUUGGCUUUGCUCUCUGUGACCGAUGCGCAUGCAACACGUCCGAGUCGCUCACCGUGGACGUCAACUGUACGGGACGAGGCCUCGAAGAGUUGCCUUUGAAUCUACCCUUGCGGGCGCGCGUGCUGCGGCUGGCCAACAACCGCAUCAAGUCACUCAUGCUGCCCUCGAAAGGGGAAGGCUGGGACAGCCUGCUGAUGCUUGAUGUUCAUGGCAAUGAGAUUUCAUCCAUUGAUCAAGUGGUCGGUACACGCUCCCUGCGGUCGCUGAUGGCGCUCCACCUGACGAACAACCACCUGAACCGGCUGGCCUCGCACGUGCUCCAACACUUGAGCGCCCACAAGAUGGACGACCUGCGCCUGAGUGGCAACCCCUGGCUGUGCAGCUGCGAAACCGUCAGCUUUGCCACUUGGCUCCAGGACAACAAGAAGGUCAAGGACGUGGAGGAGAUCCGCUGCUCGGAGGGCAGUCCCGGGCCCCUCACAGGCCGGAAAAUCUACUCGCUGCCCAAGUCAGACCUGUGCCCACAGCCUACGGACUGGACACAGGGCCUGCUAGAUGCGCUCAGCAUCCUCAUGGCCAUUGCCAUCAUCGCCAUCCUUGCCAAGCUGGCACGUGAUUAUUGGCGCCAGAAGCGGACGGGCAAGCUGCCCACCUUCUUCAGCUUUGUGUGAGCCAGGUCUGGAUGCUGCCUCAAAUUUUUGCCACUUGAGAUGCA